AUGUAUGAGUGUUUUUUUUCAGUCAUGGGCGAUCCUAGAGAAAGAAUAAAAUACGCUAUAAUUUUUCGUGACAUGUGCUACGAAGAAGUUCGUGAGUCAAUAAUGUCAAAAGAGUUGUCUGUCAACACGGUGGUGAGAAUUUAUGAGAGUGAUCGAACUAAAAUUCCCAGUCCGGAAUUCUUACCGCGAGCCAGAUCCGAAGAAUAUUUAUUUGAAUAUACUAUUCUUCACUUGGCUCUUUAUGUAGAUGACGAUGAAUUCGUAGACUUUCUCCUGGAGAACAAUGCUGACACGACUCUGGAGACAGAACAUUUAGGACCGGCAAUUUUAUCGGCGAUAAAAUUGAACCGCUUGAAGUACGUGAAGAAAUUAGUGACAGCUGGUGGUGAUGUCAAUCGGAUUAUCUACGUAAGAGGCAUACAUGAGAGAGAAAGUAGGAGACUUAAUGAUGAAUAUAAUAUUCAUAUUUAUUAUAAUGAGUAUACACCUCUGGAAUUUGCAGUCAAUCUGAAUGCAUAUGAGAUUGCUGAAUUUCUCAUCAGCCAGGGUGCUGAUGUUCACGGAAGAUAUGGCAAUAACGGAAGGUAUAGCGACUCGCCAAUGGGUAUCGCUGCUUCGUCAAAUAACGUAGGAAUGAUAAAAUUGCUGAUCAAGCAUGGCGCUGAUAUUAAUACUGGAGACUACCAUGGUUUGACUCCUCUGAUGAAAACAUCUUUUGAUAACGAUAACUCAGCAAGUCGCAGGUUUUUGCUGAGUCAUCCUUUUAUAGAAAUAAAUUCUCUGACUAAUCACAAGAAAUCUUGUCUUCAUUUUCCGGGAAUUCGGAGGAUAUUUUACAACGCUGAUCCUAAAUUUAGUCUUCAAGAUCUUCUGAAUGCAGGUUGUGAUGUUAAUAUUGUUAGCAAAUCUGGCAAAUUACCGAUUGAUAGCUAUGGAGACAAAAAAAAGUGCUUUGAGGUUAUGAAGAAGCAUAUUGUUAAGCUGAUGGCGGCUGGCUUUUACGUCUGCGAUAAGAAUAGAGAAGUUGUUUCAGGAAGUGAAUUAACAGAAUUUAAAGUUAAAUGUGAUAUGGAAGUUGAAGUCAUGAAGAAUACUUAUGGAAUAAUGGCUGGAUUUUCCUUGUUUGAUAUACUGCACAGAUCUUAUCACAAACUGGCGCUGAGGAUCAAGGAUGGAGAUGAAGAUAAGUUUAACGACAAAAUGGCGGCCAAGUUUCUUCUGUUCGCAGGAAUGAUUAAGUAUCGCUUGGAAAAAGCUGGUCAGCGAAGAAAAUUGUUCAAUCAAGUUGAAAAUACUCUUUAUAAAAUUUUUUCUAGAUAUCUUCCUGCUACUUUUAUUCAUGAAAUUAACUUUGAAUUAAGUAAAUUAGUGGAAAUUACGUAA